AUGAUAGGCAUCUGGCACACCGGCGUCCUCGCGUUUGGCCGGGAGUACUGGUUUGGCGGCAAGGUACUGGCAUCGGAGCCUGGCAAGGCACCAUUUCCUCCCGGGCCAAUCCGAUGCUCUGAUCUCGGCACCACGCUCCACACUAAGGAGGAACUGGAAGAUUGGCUGCGCUUCGAGGUCGUUCCAAGGUACACACGUGACAACUACGACAUCCUGUCGCAUAAUUGUAACCACUUCUCCGAUGAAGUUGUGGGCUUCCUCAUCCAGGUAAUCCCUGUCCUGGACAGAGCAAUUUUGGUCGUGCUGGUUUGCCCGAGGGCGGCCACAUCCCGGAUGAAGCCAGACGCCAACCAGAGGUUGCGGAGAGAAUGCACCAACAGAUCCUUCGGAGUGUAG